UCAAAUAACUAUUAGCCAAUACAAAGAUAAAUAUGCUUCAGUAUUGAAUGAAAUUGUGAUAAAAUCAUUAGAUCCCAAGUUAGAAAAAGUUAUGGAAUGUUUAAAGACAUUAGAAAGCAAUUGUUCUGCAUGGAAAAACAAGAUUGCU